AUGGAGUUUGUUAAAGAGGAGAGUGAGGAAAACACGAGUGAAAUAAAACAAGAGGAACCAGAAACCUGGAAAAUACAACACAUGGGACCAGAAACCUGGAAAAUAAAAGAAGAGGAACCAGAAACCAGGAAAAUAAAAGAAGAGGAACCAGAAACCUGGAAAAUACAAUACAUGGAACCAGACACCAGGAAAAUAAAAGAAGAGGAACCAGAAACCAGGAAAAUAAAAGAAGAGGAACCAGAAACCUGGAGAAUAAAAGAAGAGGAACCAGAAACCUGGAGAAUAAAACAAGAGGAACCAGAAACCUGCAGAACAAAACACGAAGAACUAGAAAUAUUAAGAAUAAAACCCGAGGAAUCAGAAACCUGGAGAAUAAAACAUGAGGAACCAGAAAUAUUGAGAAUAAAACACGAGGAAUCAGAAACCUGCAGAAUAAAACAACAAGGGGAGGAACAAAGAGAGUUCAUUGAAGAGAAAGAGGAGAAUGAAGAAUCAAGUGAAGUUGAGGAGAAAAAUCAUAUUAAAACUGGAGGAAAACCUUUGAGUUGCUCUCAAACCAAACAGAAAGAAAUAAAGAAAAAAAGAGUCAAGAAAUCGUUCACCUGCACUCCGUGUGGAAAGAGUUUCACACACAAAGCAAGUUAUGGGCGUCACAUGAGAAUUCAUACUGUAGAGAAAUCUUUCACUUGUGAUCAGUGCGGGAAGAGUUUCAAACGAUCAGCAAACCUUAAGAGACACAUGAAGAUCCACGCUGGAGAGAAAGCGUACACAUGUGAUCAAUGCGGUGAAAUGUUUUUAUGGGCUUCACUUCUUAAGAAACACUAUGAAUUUCAUUCAAAGGAGAAACCACAUUCAUGUAAUUUGUGUGGUAAGAGUUUUUGGAAUCUACAAAGUUUGAAAGAACAUAAAAAAAGACAUACUAGUGUGAGAGAGUACAUGUGCUUUGAGUGUAAAAAGACUUUUCGUUCAGCGAGGAAUUUAAAACAGCACGAGAGGAUCCACACUGGAGAGAAACCUUAUAAGUGUUCACACUGUGACCAGAGAUUCAGUCGUUUACCAUAUCUGAAAACACAUGAGAGGAUCCACUCUGGAGAGAAACCUUAUAAGUGUUCACACUGUGACAAGAGAUUUAAUUGUUUACCAUAUCUGAAAACACAUGAGAGGAUCCACACUGGAGAGAAACCAUAUAAGUGUUCACACUGUGACAAGAGAUUCAGUGAUUCAUCCAGUCUGAUAACACAUGUGAGGAUCCACACUGGAGAGAAACCGUAUAAGUGUUCACACUGUGAUAAGAGAUUCAGUGAUUCUUCAUGUGUGAAAUCACAUGAAAGGAUCCACACUGGAGAGAAACCUUAUAAGUGUUCACACUGUGACAAGAGAUUCAGUCAUUCAGCAAAUCUGAAAACACAUGUGAGGAUCCACACUGGAGAGAAACCUUAUAAGUGUUCACAGUGUGACAAGAGAUUUAAUCAGAUGCCAAGUCUGAAAACACAUGAGAACAUCCACAAUGGAGAGAAACCUUAUAAAUGUUCACACUGUGACAAGAGAUUCCUUGUUUCAUCACAUCUGAAAACACAUGAGAGGAUUCACACCGGAGAGAAACCUUAUAAGUGUUCACACUGUGAUAAGAGACAUAGUGAUUCAUCAAGACUGAAAUUACAUGAGAGGAUCCACACUGGAGAGAAACAUUAUAAGUGUUCACACUGUGACAAGAGUUAUAUAGAUUCAUCAAGACUGAAAAGACAUGAGAGGAUCCACACUGGAGAGAAACCUUACAAGUGUACACACUGUGUUAAGAGAUAUAGUAAGUUAUCAAGUCUGAAAAGACAUGAGAGGAUCCACACUGGAGAGAAACCGUAUUAAUGCACUGUAUGUGGGAAGUGUUUCAUUCAGUCAUCUGUUAUACAAAGUUAUACAAAAGACAAUCACAGUAAGGUCCCGUACAAAUGGAGACAUGUUUAGCUGUAUAUGUAAAUAUUUUGUAUGGUAUAUGUGUUUCGUCCAGGUGGAUCCGGCAUUUUGGGAGAGUGAAAUCACUACUUUUCUUUUUAAACCGGGUCCCAGAGUGGCUCAAUCUAUAAACUACACCUUUGCGUUUUCGUGUGUAAAGCCAAUACGUAUAUACGAACUGGACGCGGCUAUAGCUAACGGUAUCAAGCUAGUGCUCAAAGAGCAACAAAGUGCUCUCGAUUCAGUUGUGGCUUCAACUGUACGAGAAGCAAUAGACUCUGUACUGACUCUAGCACUCCGCGAUCUACAUUUGAAGAUACAAACAACCAACAAUUAUGUGAAAGAGCUGAGAGGAGAGGUUGAAAAACUAGCCUACGCAACAGACACAUGACAGGGUCGAUUCCGUUCAAGCAGCUGCAUGUGAGGAUAGGAGAACGGUCACAAAGAAAGAUUAAAUUAAGAAAUCAAGAAUUAAGAAAUCAUUUAUGAACAACUCACCGAAAAAAUUACGGACAUUGAGGAUAGGAGCAGCUGAAAUAACAUAUGACUGGUGGGGUUGCCAAAAGGGGCUGAGGGCUCAGAUGCAGCGGGCUUCCUCAGAGCAAAUAUUUCCAAGUGCACCCCCUCACCGAAAGGCCGUGAUAUCAUGAUUGACCGGGCACAUUGCAUCACGGAAGAAAAAAUUUAGUUUGGCAAUGUACUCUCAUCUUCCUUGUACUAAGAUGGCAUGACAGGUCAGCAAUCCUGAAGGUGCUCGGCAGGCAUAUCCGGUGAAAUAUACGCAUGAAAUGUCACGCUACUAUUUUUUCCUGACUUUAGUCCAGCCACAACUACCAAGAGAAAGAGCUUUAAUCCAGUCUUGAAGAAGACGACAGCCCUCGGUCUCCAGCCCUCCUCCAGGUUACCUUCUGCAGAAAAAUUCUAUACUUUCCCAGUUUAUGUAAAAUGUUAAACUACCCAGAAUAAAACUUGCCAUGUUGCAGCGUCCUAUACUUUUGGGAGGAUUGGGUGUACCCAAUUUUUAAUUAUAUUAUUUGUCCUUUCAAUUUAAGGCUCUUCGUAAUUGGGCUGAUCCUCAAUCUAAAGCUUCAGGGAGAGAAAUCUAAGCUUACAAGGUUAAACCACAUAAGCUCAAGGAUAUUUUAUUUGCAGGCACAGGAAAUAAAAAUGAUAAACAUAACUUUUGCCCCUGUUGUGGCCAAUUCUAUUAGGAUCUGGAAAAAGGUGGUAUGCCUGAUGCGAGGACC